GCUUUCAAUAGAGUAGCAUGUACAGUAACAUGUAUUCGCUUGCUAUUAAAUUCAAAAUUUUAAGUAUUGAACUAAAGAUCUAGACAGAAAACUGGAAAACUUAAAGUGCACCGAGCCCGACGUUAUCAUUAAUGGCCUACAUUUGUUUGAAUAGACCAGGAAACAAUUUCUGACAGCACGCGACUUGCGUAUCAAACACGACAGUUAUUGGCCGCUGCGAUUAGUAAGGCAUCUCAUCGCACGCGGAGAUACACCAGGUGUAAGAUGUACCUACAUUAAUAGAAAUAAUAACUGGGCUAAUUCUGUCAAUCUUGUCACUAUCGGAUUGUCAAGAACUAACACACAGUAAAUAAACAAAAGUAAACGAGAUUCUAUCACCAUGACAACAGUGAUGUGCCAGACCCCCCAGGUAGUAAGACAACCGGUGAUUAUCACAGUGCCAACUGCUGGAGGUUCUUCGCCAUUUAUUGCUGAAAAGUACAUGCACAGAGCUAGUGUUGGCCUUGCUAUAACACAGUUUAUUCUUGGGGUUAUCUCUUUUGUCAUUGGAAUUGUUAUUGCUGCCUGGGUUCCAGCAGGAUCUUUUGACACUAUUAACCAUCACACCGGGGCUGGGAUGUGGUGUGGCAUUGUGUUCAUAGUUACUGGAGUACUGGGGAUUCAAACACGAAAGAAGAAUAAGGGAUGGAUCAUCUCAUACAUGAUCAUGUCUAUCAUAUCAGCCGUUAUUUCAUGGAUUGUCUUGAUGGGCAUUUCUUCUAUUGAUCUUGUGUAUGUCGGAACGAGUUUUUGGUUUGAUUUGACAUAUUACGAAAGUGUCAUCUCGGGACUAUCUUGGGUUUUUAUCUUCCUCUCCAUUGCAGAGGGGGUGGUAGCCGUUAUCUCAUCAGCUAUUUGUGGCCAUGCAGUCUGUUGUUGUUCCAAGCCUACCACCCAGGGUACUGUCAACUAUACUGUACCCAACACUGGACAAAAUACUGUGGCUUUUGUGGCACCUGGACAACAAGGAUUUGUGUUCUACCCACAGCCUUUCUGUAACCAGAAUCCUCCAGCUUACAUGUACAACACUGCCCAACAACAACAGCAACAGCAGUGGCCACAACAACAACCACCCCAGUCACAGGCACAGUAUCCAGAGAGACAUCCAGAGGAUGACGCCUCAGGACAACAGACAGAAUCUCUGCAACAGAAACUGUAAAACCUAGUAGAAAUUGGUCAAAAUUAGAAACUUUGUGUAGCAUUUUUUUAUAUGAUGCCUUAUUGCUUUCUAUAUGGAAGUCAACUGUUGUGUAAUAGUUUUAAACUUUUUAACGCAGCGUUGUCUAUUGCCUUUUUACAUUAAACACCAUAAGUUAAUUAGUUCUAGCACUGGGGUAUAAGUUGGAGUGGAUUAAUAUUUCCAGUCUUUAACUUUAAGACCUACAUAAAUUUUCCGACCUAAAGUCAAAACUUUCAAGGUUAGUACCCUUAUGACAACAGGGCCUGGAAUAUUAUCGGGUUUUAAAUUCUAAAGAGCACAAGUUGGCACUUGUAUUUAUGUAGUGGAAAUGGAGGAGGGGGGUAAACUGGUAAAUGCCCGUGGGUCACUUGGUUGCGGUUCUAACAUUGAACCUCCCUAAAAACCAAAACUGAAAGCGGCAACGCGACACUAACUCCCUGAGAGAAUGCGCUUGCAUGCAUGAGGAAGAAGGGUGAAGGAUUUGGCAUGAUAUGGUUUGCUUUGGCCAGACAUUUUACCAAAGUUGUAAUUUGGGUUGUUCAUGCAAUUUGAUAAAAUAAUACAAAAACUAUCAAUAUGCAGAUUUUGAAAUAUUUCCCCUGGUAUUUAGCACUUCAAUAUCUGUUAUUCCCCCUUUCUUCGCUGUAUGUACUCACUGUAAAUAUCGUAAUAGUAAAUCGUUUUUGUUUGAAAAUAUAAUUUUUUUACAUUUUUAACUUUUAACCAGAUCCAGUGUUUUUGAGUUACAUACGUGUAAUGUAUUAAAGCUUGUAUGCAACUCUGUUUUCAAGCGGGUUGCGUAUAGAAUUGUUUAUAAUAACUUCCUUAAUUAAUUUUAAGUAAUGAAAUGAUUACGCCAAGCUACUAAAAAUGAAACUAAAAGGUAGAAAUUUAAAUCUCAGAAUGUACAUUAGUGCAUACAGGUAUUUUACAUGCCUGAAAAAUAUUAUGUAUAAGAAGGGGAGAAAUGCAUUUCCUAAAAACAAAAUUGAGAUUAUUUUAUUUUAAGAAAAAACAUUUUGUAUCUUACACAUUAUAAACAAUAAUAACCUUUGAAUUCGUGACUUUUAAUGCGUGUUUUGAUAGUAACUGUUUAUUUAUAAAGAAAGUAUAUAAAACGGUAGAAAUCCUAUACCAAGUGUGCUAUAGUGUGUGCAUGUUACCCUUAUUCAUUUAUUUUUCUUUAAAUCAACAGGGUCAUAUAGAAUGUAAAAUAAAAAAAUGACUAUACAGAAGAGUGUCUAUGUUCAUGUGGAACAAGUACAUACUUCUAGUCGAGAAAUGCAUUUAAUGCAUUGGUGAUGUUUAUUUUGAAUACUGUAAGUUUAAAAUAGAGAACAUAUACAUUUGAUGAAAAUUCAGUUUGCCACGGAAGUGACAUUUAUCAGUCGUAACUUGAUCUAUUACAAUUAAGACUCCAAAAAUGUAAUUUACGACUUUCUGGUGACCAGACGGACUUUUGUAUACCCGAAUGCUAAAUGUACUACACGGUUUGAUACCGUGAGUAUGAUGUAGUCCGUGUAUUGGCCAAGUGGUGUCUUGCUUUAGCUUAUUAACAAUUCUCCUUUAUUUUUAGCACAGUUUAAAUGCAUUUACCAUUCUUAGAUAUAAGUACAAUUUUUUCUAUAACAUUUUUUUAGAAUGCUGUACAGUUAUAAGUGAAAAUUAUAAAAACAGAUAUAUAUAGUAUUUUUAGAAAACUAAACUACACUAAAUUUCCAAACCCAGAUGGAACAUUCACAUAUUUGGAAUGCCUAAAAGGAUAUUUGGCUUAAAAUGUUGAAACACAUACC